CAGUGAAUUUUCCAUUGUACUUAUGAUUUGCAUUUUCAUGGUUAUGUAGCCUUGUACUAAAUGGGAUUCAGCUUUUUGCUCUGUGCCCUUUGAUUCUUUUGUAAGUGCCAUGUGCAGCUCACAACUCCUGUUGGGUUGUGAUGCACUCAAUUGAAUGGCAAUUCAUCCAUAUUUCAUUAAGUGUGACUUAAUUUAAUUUUUUUAAUUAAUGUUUACUCUUCGGACGUUUUAGUGAUGAUAUAUACUGCGAUGAUACUACAUUAGGCCUAGUACUGGACACCGGCACACGAAUCAAAAAUGAUGAGUGUUGGGCAUCCGCAUGAAAACGAUGUCAUCAGUUACACGGACACUGUAAGCGAGUCUGUGGGCUCACUGCGGGGGCUGGGGAGAGCCAACGCGGGGCGGCGGCGAGGCAGGCCCCGGUGGGGUCGGAUGGUGGUCAGUACGUCCUUCCUGACUUUCCUACUUCAAGCGGGAUCCUCCAUGACGCACGGCCUGUAUAUGCCGGCUUUUCUGGAGGAGUUUCAGGCCGGGACUGGGCUGAUCGGAUGGUUGACGAGUUUCUCAGCAGCCGUCAUGUGCUUGGGAGGUCCUAUUGGCGGUGUCAUUGUGAAGCGAUUAGGAUGUCGUCCUUCUGUCAUGCUUGGGGGCGCUAUGAUGGCGACUGGUAACGGCUUAGCAUCACUCUGCACGACGAUAGUCCAGCUAUUCUUAUGUCUGGGACUUGUUGGACUUGGUGGAUCCAUGGUAUCCGUUGGUCUAGUUGUUGCCAUUGGACAGUAUUACACCCGACACCACUCCAUCGCAAACGGACUUGCCUUUAGUGGUAUAGGUGCUGGCAUCUUCGUCUUCUCGCCUCUGGUACGAUUCUUGAUUGAUAACUACGGGUGGCGCGGGAGUUUCCUAGUUCAGGCUGGUAUCCUUCUGAAUCUUGAGGUAACUGGAGCCCUUCUCCGCCCGGCAUCUCGCUAUAAAGUCCGAAAUUCACGAAAAGAGAAGAUGCAAUCGGUCACCGAGUCGGGAAACAAUGACAGCAAUUUUGAGGAAGGAGAUGAAAGUGUUGUUUUGGAUGGUAGUGGAGAACACGAGGGAACACAAAGCAGUAAGUGUACGGGCAGGAGUUGGAGUUUGGGUUGGCUGGGGAAGUUCAAUGGUCUGUUCUAUCUGGGACUGUGUGAACUGUUCAGAACAGCUCCCUCUGUCGUGCAAGUAUACGCUGCGUGUUUUUUACUGGACGCCGGUGUUUCAGCCGUCAUGAGUCACAUCUCAAAUUUGGACGGUGUGACUCCGCAGCAGGCGUCCAGUCUGCUGCCCUAUCUUGGCAUCGGCAGCCUGGUAGGGAGACUAAUCCACGGCGGGUUCCUGAAAUGCAAACAUGUCACGCCGUACAGGAUGUACAUCGCCGCUCUGUUAGUCUCAGCUCCAUCCGCUACACUCAUCGCCAUCACAGGAUCUUUUGGAGGGAGAAUUGUCGAGGUUGUCAUUUUUGGUUUUGCCAGCGGUUCACUCUACCCCCUAGUUGCUGUGAUUCUAAGGGAGCUGGUCGGUAUUUCGCAGCUUGGACUUGCAUUUGGACUCUCAAUGUUCGCCUAUGGCGUGGGGGGUCAGUUAGGAGGCUUCAUCAUUGGUGUCCUGAGAGAUUCAACAGGAAAUUACACCCUUUCAUUUUACCUGGUGGGGCUUUUCUUUGUCAUUGCGGCGACGGUCAUGUCAUUGCGUCCUUUGAUCGAAUGUCGUCGCCGCCGACGGUUGACCAUGGGAUGACAGCACAACACAGCAUAAAUAACUGUUGGUAUAUAGACACCGUGCACUGAAUUGGUUGGUUAAUUAAAUCUUCCCUUAUACAAAGUAAUAGUCAAACAUGUUCAAAGGAUCUAGAAAUGAACGUUGGUUAACAGCGUGACCCUUGACGUCAGACCUGUCAGUUACCGGUGUAGCGUGAAUAUCCGACUCCAUGAAAUGUGGACUCAUUGAUAGUAUUGCGCAUGCGUAAGUACGAUAAUACGCUAUUUUUAGGUAUAUUAUGGGAGAGUGACCUGUGACGUGUGAGGGAUUGACCACACUGAAAAUAGUUGGGCGAAAUGGGUUGAUAAUUUGACCAAUGCUGGUCGAAUUAUCAACUGCCUACACUCUUGGGCAAAUUCUUCCCAAUAGUUUGACAGUUUUUACUCAAUUCAACCCAAUAUGAGGUAAUUUCAUACCAAUGUCGGGUAAAUUACAUUGCCCAACAGUAUUUUACCCAGCGUUUUUACAGUGCAAUAAUAGGGAAAAGGGGUCCGAUUUUCGUAGGAGUCGGAAUUUGAUAUGACACCGGUAAACAGUUUAAGCCAUUAGUAUAACUUUACUACAUUGAACAUGUACAACACUGUGUUUAUAUUCACUGAUGAAUACAUGAAACCACAGUAGGCGGCCUGCCAUUUUUCUUCCACCCAAACGACAUCCGUUUCUCAUUGGUCUAUUACAUGCAUAUAUAAUGCCUUGUUCUCCACAACACAAACCCAAGAUAGGCUUUGCGUCUUGUGAGAAAGUUUCUUCCUCACUUUAGUUAUUUAAAAGGUAAAAAGAGAAGAAGUGAAAAACG